UCAGCCAACAGCGCUCUUUUUGGCGCUAUUAAUAAAAUCUCCUUCUUUCGUAAAACUAGCCAACACACCUUCUCCGUUAAAACAAAUCAUCCCCUAAGUUAAGGAUUGCGCUAACAGACUGACUACAUGGCCCAGAGCUCAAGAGCAAGAUUUCUAAAUCAAAGAGUAACAUUUAGUCUAUCUUUGGCAGUUGUAUUUGUAUCUUCAGUUAGUUCUUAUUCCUUAGAAGUAAACGAAAUUCUAGAUGCCCAAAGGAAUAUACAGAAAAGGAGCCUCGUAAGCGAUGACAUUGAACUCGUAGAAGUGUGUUCAUCAGUGCAGAGUUUUGAACAGCUUGAUACAGCUAUCAAUGUUGACUUGCUGACUGUAGAAAUACACCCAGAUGCAUGGGUAUUCGUCACAAGGUGCAGAGUACCAGGAAAAUCAUGCAGAGGCAUCGACGAGAAUAUACAAUCCAUAUGCAGACCGAAGAAGUCAUGGGUUCAAGUGUACGGAAGGACAUCUGGUGACACAUGGAGGCCUCACUGGGUUGCCGUGGACACAGCCUGUGUAUGCUCAAUUCGGAGAAGAAGAUUCCUAGAAUCAACAUCCAGGAUUCCUUUAACAGGAAAAAAUUUCCUUCCUUAACAA